AUGAGAACUUUCACUGCAAUUUUAUUAUUCGCUGCAUUUGCUUUUUGCUCAGCUGAUAUUUCCCUCAAACUAAGAGAAAAUGAUUUUUCUCACAUCAACGAUCAAGGAGAAUAUCAUUUUGGUUUCAAUGAUGGACAUCAAGCGAGACAUGAAGAACGUUCUGCUGAAGGAGUAGUUCGUGGAGCUUAUCGUUAUAUCGAUGCUAAUGGAGAAGUUCAAACUGUGACCUAUACAGCUGAUAAACAUAAUGGAUUCUUAGCUUCUGGAUCAAGUAUUCCAAAAAUUGGUCGCAUUCCAGAAACUGGUCAGAAUGGAGAUAUCAUCGAAGAGGCUCCCGCAGUUGUUGAAGAAACUCCUGAAGUUAGAGCAGCAAGAGCUGCUCAUUUGGAAGCACACAGAAUAGCUAUUAUUGGAGGCACCAUUAUUCCCCAGGAACUUCCCGUUCAGGUGCAGUACACUCCAGAAGUUGCUGCAGCUCGUGCAGAACACAUUAAUGCUCUAAAUCAGGAACGUUUGAGAAGUUUGAAUUAUUCUCCAAUAACUUAUGCAAGUCAGCCAGAAGUCCAGUAUUAUAUUCCAAGUCCUCAAUACCAUCCAGAUUAUUUACCCUAUGCUGGUUUGUAA